AUGGCCUGCCUGACCGCCGCCUUCAGCGUGCCCUCCACCAUGAAUUCCAGCAUCCCCGCCGCCGCAAUGCCAGACACGAAGUCCGUGUGCGUGUCCUUGGACGAGGUGGUCUCCGGCUGCGCCGGAAAUCAAGACACCCCCCUGCUUAAUGGACACUUAAAAAAAGUGGACAACUACCUGACGGAAGCCCAGCGCUUCUCCUCGCUACCCCGGAGGCCGGCCGUCAAUAUCGAAUUCAAGGAUCUCUCCUUCUCCAUCCCCGAGGGGCCGUGGUGGAAAAAGAAAGGUUAUAAAACUCUGCUGAAAGGAAUCUCCGGGAAAUUCGGUUGCGGAGAACUCGUGGCGAUAAUGGGCCCCUCGGGGGCUGGGAAGUCGACCCUGAUGAACAUCCUAGCAGGAUACAGAGAGACCGGCAUGAAGGGAGAGAUCCUGAUUAACGGGCAGCCCCGUGACCUGCGGACCUUCCGCAAGGUGUCCUGUUACAUCAUGCAGGACGACAUGUUGCUGCCACAUCUGACAGUUCAGGAGGCCAUGAUGGUCUCUGCUCACCUGAAGCUACAAGAGAAAGAUGAGGGACGCAGGGAGAUGGUGAAGGAGAUCCUGACAGCUCUGGGCUUGUUGCCGUGUGCAGACACCAGGACCGGGUGCCUCUCCGGCGGUCAGAGAAAACGCUUGGCGAUCGCUCUAGAACUGGUGAACAAUCCUCCAGUGAUGUUCUUUGAUGAACCCACCAGUGGUCUGGACAGCUCCUCCUGUUUUCAGGUUGUCUCCUUAAUGAAAUCUUUGGCUCAAGGCGGGCGUAAUAUAAUCUGCACCAUUCACCAGCCCAGUGCCAAGCUGUUUGAGCUCUUUGAUCAGCUUUAUGUAUUAAGCCAGGGACAAUGCAUCUACCGUGGGAAAGUGUCAAAUCUCGUUCCAUACUUGCGGGUUCUAGGAUUAGGCUGCCCGACUUACCACAACCCGGCGGACUUCAUAAUGGAAGUGGCCUCUGGAGAGUACGGAGACCAGAACCCCCGACUUGUGAGAGCUGUCCAGGAGAUGUGUGGGACUGAGCAGAAAAGGGACCUUUGUGGAGAGACGGAACCCAACCCGUUCCUGUGGCACAAACCAUCUGAAGAGGUAAACAGGGGUGAUAAGGUAGAAGGCCUAGACUCGUCGCCCACAGAAGGUUGUCACAGUUUCUCUGCCAGCUGCCUUACCCAGUUUUGCAUCCUGUUUAAGAGGACAUGUCUCAGCAUCAUGAGGGACUCUGUGCUGACCCACCUACGUGUCAUGUCCCACAUUGGCAUUGGGCUCCUCAUAGGAUUACUCUAUCUUGGGAUCGGGAACGAGGCUAAGAAGGUCCUGAGUAACUCCGGCUUCCUGUUCUUCUCCAUGCUCUUCCUGAUGUUCGCAGCUCUCAUGCCAACAGUCCUCACGUUUCCUCUCGAGAUGGGAGUAUUUCUUAGAGAACAUCUCAACUACUGGUACAGUCUGAAGGCGUACUACCUAGCCAAGACGAUGGCUGACGUCCCCUUCCAGAUCAUGUUCCCGGUGGCGUACUGCAGCAUCGUGUACUGGAUGACAUCACAGCCGCCGGACGCCCUGAGAUUUGUCCUGUUCUCGGCCCUUGGAACGAUGACAUCACUAGUGGCUCAGUCUUUAGGGCUUCUGAUUGGGGCAGCUUCAAACUCCCUACAGGUGGCCACAUUUGUGGGUCCGGUGACGGCGAUCCCAGUUCUGCUGUUCUCUGGGUUCUUUGUCAGCUUUGACACCAUUCCCAGCUACCUCCAGUGGAUGUCCUACAUGUCGUACGUCAGAUACGGAUUUGAGGGAGUCAUUUUAUCUAUUUACGGCCUGGACAGAGAAGACCUGCACUGCGACAAAGAUGAAACCUGCCACUUCCAGAAGUCAGAAGCCAUAUUAAAGGAACUAGACGUAGAAAAUGCCAAGCUGUACUUAGACUUUAUCAUCCUCGGAGUUUUCUUCGUCACCCUGCGCCUCAUAGCCUAUUUCGUACUUCGAUACAAAAUCCGGGCAGAGAGGUAAAGGCCAAGCCACGAA